UCCGCCUAGUUGGUUCUGUUAGUAUUUCCUCAUUGGAAGUGAGGAAGUGCCUAUUUUAUGUUUGGACAGUAAGCAACGUUUUCAGAAUAAAAUAAGGCGUAGCUACUGUUUAAAAGUCUGAAGAUGUCCAAACCGCCUCCCAAGCCAGCCAAACCAGGCCAGGUCAAGGUGUUCCGAGCCAUGUUCAACUUUGACCCCCGAACGCCAGAUGAGCUCUACUUUGAAGAAGGAGACAUCUUGUAUAUCUCUGAUACGAGUGACAGCAAUUGGUGGAAGGGGACCUGCAGGGGAAGGAACGGCCUCAUCCCAAGCAAUUAUGUGGCCGAGCAGGCGGAGUCCAUUGACAACCCAAUGCAUGAGGCAGCUAAAAGAGGGAAUCUGAGUUGGCUGAGGGAGUGUCUGGAGAACAAAGUGGGAAUUAAUGGACUGGACAAAGCUGGGAAUACUGCCCUCUACUGGGGAUGCCACGGAGGACACAAAGAUGUGGUGGAGAUCUUGCUGGGGCAGUCUAACGUUGAGUUGAACCAGCAGAAUAAACUGGGAGACACUGCAUUGCAUGCUGCCGCCUGGAAGGGAUACUCUGACAUAGUGGAGAUGUUACUGAAUAAGAAUGCCAGGAUGGAUAUUAAGAACAACGAGAAGAAGCUGGCUCUGGAGAUGGCCACCAAUGCCCAGUGUGCCUCUCUCAUCAAGAGGAAACAAGGAGGCAAUAUCACACGUACACACAGCAACGCCGAUGAGUACCUUGAUGACGAAGACUCUGACUGAUUCCCCCCUUCGGAGUGGGCUAUCUGAGGCCUGUCUCUCAUGGGGUGGGGGGAGUUUGGGGGUUGCAGUGUGUGGGGCAUAAAUAGCUUGGGGGGGAUACAUUUUUACACAUAUUUUAUCCUAACAUCUGUUCAAAGAAUGGUUAACAAAAGUAAUAUAUUUCAUAAUAAUAAACCUUAGGGCCUUGAUGGGGUCGAGAAGGGAGAGACAGACGUUGUCUUUAUAAUUUAGAUGAUCGGUUGUUCUAAGGGAACCAAUGGCGAGGGUUCCACUGUUGCUGUAUCUCCAGGCGAGUCGGUGAUUGCUAACAUCAGAGGUUGAAACCAAGAGCCUCGACAUGCGAUUACUUCCUAAAAAAUAGACCCUGGACCAAUAAGCCUCUUUCCCAUUAAAGGUGGUCUGAACCUACAUCGCAGGUGUUGCAGGAAGUGACCGCAUGUUGAGUCUCUGGGUUCAUUUAUCUCUGGCGCUAGUAAGCAAUGGCUCGCACAAAGAUGGUGCGAUACUGAAAUUAGGCUAUCGACAUACUUUCCUCUGCUUUGUUUGUCUGUUUAGACUUAACCUCAUGCUGAAAGUAACCUAAUGGACUCGUAAUACAUAUGUAGUAAUGGUCUGUUAAUGCAUUUUCUGCAUUGUCAAAUGUGAACAUUCAAAUAACCAGGAGCUGGGUUGUUACUGUCACCAAUCAUAUAUAAUCUCUCAUGGAAUACGGUCAUAUUAGUAGGUGUGCUGUGCAAAACAUUUACUUCUCCAAUAUAAAUAUAUUCUCUUCACUGGGGAUUUGGAAAGUGCCACUGCAUUUUCUGAAUUUCCUUUCUAUCCCUCUUAAAUGUAUUGUUGUUCGUCACUGACCGCUACGCCAUUGUUAAAAGAUAUGUUGCUAAAAGUGCCUGAAGCCGUAAAGUGUGUAUGUGAAUGAGUCACCUGAUCUGAUGUCUUUCAUAAAGAUGUUUUCAUCAUUGUUGAUUAAUCUUUUUGGCUAACUGCAUUGUCUGUACUGUCAAAACUAUGCAAUAAAAUUGUUUUAUCUAUAA